AUGCCCGACCAACCCUCCACCAAAGAACAACUCCUAAACUGGGACAUCGACCGCUACCUCAACCCCAUAAUCCCUCACAACCGCCUCUACAUCCUCCCCAAACCCAUCUCCCGCUGGCUCGGCCACCGCUCCACCCCCCAAAAGGACCCUGCAACAAUCCUGCAAUGGCCCGUCACCUUCCUCGCCACCAUCGCCGGCCUUUGCCUCGUUGCCGGAAUCGGACAAUACGCCCCGGGAAUCAAACAAUGGAAUCCCCCCGUCAUCAUCGCCUCCCUCGGCGCUUCCGCAGUCCUAGACUUCAACACCAUCAAGUCUCCGCUCGCACAACCCCGCAACGCCGUGGUGGGCAACACCCUCUCCGCCAUCAUGGGCGUGUGCGCUGCGAAACUCUUCCAAUUAAACUCCUCCUUCAACGACAUCCAAUGGGUCUCCGGCGCGGUGGGGUGUGCGAUGGCAUCGCUGGUCAUGUCCGCGACCAACACGAUACACCCUCCCGGUGGUGCGACGGCGGUGUUGGCGUCGACGCAGAUGAAUGCCAUUGCGAUGGGGUGGAUGUUUGUUCCGAUUGUGUUGUUGGAUUCCGUGUUGAUGCAGAUUGUGGCGUUGAUUUUUAAUAAUUGUUUUCGGCAGUAUCCGGUUUAUUGGUGGACGGGGAGUAAGGUGGGACGGCAGUUGAGGGAGGAGAGGGAUGUUGAGGAGGGGAAGAAGCAGCAGGAGGAGGAGGAGAAGAAGAAGAAGAAGCAAGAAGAGGAGGAGGAGGAGAAGAAGGCGAGGAGGAAUGGAUCGCACUCGGAUGCGAGCAGCGACAUCACCCUCCGCCGCGAAGCCACCCACCAUCUCGAAUACAUCGACCAUCUCCGCGAAGUGCAGGUCACGUCGCACACGAUUCAACUGCCGAAGCACUUGCAGCUGACGGAUCAGGAAACUUUGGUGUUGGAGAAGAUUCAGAAGAAGAUUCGGGCGCAAGUAGAUCAACAGCAGCAGCAAGAAGGAGGAGGGAAUUAG